AUGGCUACAAACUCGGGCAGCAAGAGCCAUCGCUUGCCAGCUGAUGAGCUGGAACUGAUACGCAAGUAUAUCCACGGAUGCCACAUCUUGCACUACUACAAUGUGGUGGACGCGUAUGGCCAUCUGUCGGUGCGCUUGAGUGAGUCGGUGUUUAUGAUGUCGCGUUAUAUGGCACCCGCACUUGUGUCUUCAACAGACGACAUGGUGCUGUAUAACGUCGAGACUGGCGAAGCACUUCAGAAAGAUGCGCCUAGAGGCUUCUCAGAGCGGUUCAUCCACUCUGAAAUCUACAAGGCAUACCCCAAGGUCCAGUCAGUCGUGCACUCUCACUCACUCGAAGUCGUCCCAUUCUCCAUCUCGUCAACGCCUCUGCGGGCUUGCUUCCACAUGGCCGGCUUCCUAGGCACGUCGGUUCCUGUCUGGGACGCCGCAACGGUGUAUCGUGAGGAUCCGUCGGCGAGUCAGGACAUGCUUGUCCGCAGCACAGGGGCCGGAGCAUCCCUGGCCAAGGCGUUGGGUCCUGCUGAUGGCGAAGGAUUGCCCAAGUAUCCAGUUGCGCUAAUGCGUGGCCACGGAUUCGUGGCGACGGCCAACAACAUCGAGAUGGCCAUCAGCAAGAGCAUCUACACGACGCAGAACGCGCAGAUCCAGCGAGCGGCCGCGGGACUCUCGGGAGGCAUGGAGGAUGUGCGCUUCUUUAACGAGCGCGAGGCUCACGAUGCGGGCAUGACGGCGAUUGCGGGAGCAGCGAAGCCGUGGCCGCUGUGGGUGGCGGAGGUGAAGGGGCACUCGCUGUAUAAGAACUCUGUGUGA